CACGACAAGAUCCUCAUUAUUGGGGACUCCCUCACAGAACUCAGCAGUGAUAUUCACUCGCUUUCCUUUGCUCUCACACCCGCUUUGCAGCAUUAUUAUUUCCGAAAGCUCUCCGUGGUUGCGCGUGGAUAUGGAGGCUACAGCUCAAUGCAUCUAAAACACGUCUUGCUGCCUACGUUGCGCGCAGAGACUGCAGCUGGAGAAAAAAUCAAGCUCUUGGUGGUUGAAAUUGGCACAAAUGAUGCUGCAGAGCGCGACAUACAAACCGUGCCGGUGGAAACAUAUAGCGAGAAUCUCGAGAGGAUUGUGGAACAGGCACGGAAAUCCGGCGUUGAGAGAGUCAUAGUGGUGGGACCAGGCCCUGUGGAUGAAAACAUGUUGGAGCCUCCGGUCUAUAACAGAGUGAUGCACAACCUGAAAUACUCAGAGGCAGCGAAAGACGUGGCAAUCCGCUGUGGUGUACCGUUCAUCGACAUGUGGCAUACAAUGAUGGCGCAGGUUGGAUGGAAGAAAGGUCAGCCAGUACCAGGUUUAUCAGGCACGGGUGGAACAGUAUUGAAAGAACUAUUGACAGAUGGUGUUCACCUCACUGGCAAAGGUUACAGGAUAUGGUAUGAAGAACUACUAGCAGUGAUCAAGAGAGAUUUCCCGGAAUUGCGGUCAGAAGCGCUGCCGACGGUUUUACCG